GGCAAAAAAUCUCACCGUGACAUUAGCUUUCAAUUUUUACAGUUGUUAAUUCCUGGCUAUAGAUCUUCUCAACCGCACUUAAUAUAUAAAUAAACUAAUCAUGGCUACUAAAGUUCAAAAAAUUAUGGUUCAACCCAUAAACUUGAUUUUCAAGUAUCUUCAAAAUAAAACAAGAGUUCAAAUUUGGUUAUAUGAACAAGUAGAUUUGAGGAUCGAAGGGCAAAUUAUUGGGUUUGACGAAUUUAUGAAUCUUGUACUUGACAAUGCUGAAGAAGUGAAUCUCAAGAAAAAAACUCGAAAUGCAUUGGGUCGAAUCUUAUUAAAAGGAGAUAAUAUAACUUUAAUCCAAAGUAUUUGAUCGGAAACAUAGACAAGUUGUAAAAAAGUUCCGAAUGCUAUAAUUCAGUAGUUUUUACUGAAAUAGAAAUAAAAUUAGAAGGAAUAAAAAUGGGUAAAAAAACCAUCUAUAUAAUGUUAGAAACAGGUUUGUUCUGAUGAAAAUAAAGUUUUUCGGUUGUGGUGAGUAUAAUCUUUCAAGCAAUAAAUACACAUUUUCAAUUGUGUUUAG